UCAUGGGUUUGCCACCUACGAAACCGCCUCUCUCUCUCAUCUCUCUCUCUCUUUCCCUCUCUCUGGCUUUCUCUGUCUCUCUUUCUUCAAAAGGAGAAGGAGCUACGACUCGUCUUCCGAUUCAGGAAUCCGACGGAAGAGCGUCCGUCGGAUUUCGCCAUCUCCGGCUAUUCCGUCGUUCUUGGUUCACCCAGUUGUCUUGGUCUUGCGAGGAGAGGAGGGGUUUGGUUUAGUGUCGCGGUAGACGGCGAUGGAUCGGAAGUUCGUCCGCUGUUUGUAUUUGUGGAGUUUGAGGUAUUUUCUGGUGCUUGGGAUUGGUUUUGAAAGGAUGCUGAUGGUCAGAAGAACGGAAAUCUCGGUCAGAUAGGUGGCGGUUUCGAGGUCAAAGGUGGAGUGUUCAUGGAUUUGCCUUCCUCUUUUGAUCAGUUUGGUGAUGGGUAGUGCUAAAUUGUGAUGAGCGGGUGGGGAGGGUUAAGUAUUUUUUCUUUUCUUAGUCGAAUGGAUGGGUCUUGAUGGAAGGUAUUUGUAGAUUCUUAUUCUAAAAUAUAGGGGAGCGGAGAAGUUGGUAGUCGUUCAUCAUUGUCCUCAAGAUGGGAUUGACCCGAGCUUCGUCGGAAGAAAUUGACGACGAAAUCGCAAUAACUUCGCCAAAUGGAUUUUGCAUCGGCGAUUGCGAAUUGGACGGGUUGUGUGGCAAAAUGGGGGAAAAUGGGGUCAGGGGGGGCACUUUCUUCUACGGCCAGGGGCUCUCUGGGUCAUCUAAUGGUGAAUUUCGAAGGAACCCAGUCCUGGAAUCGUCGAAGGAAGAAAAUGAGUUGUUUCCUUUGCUGAAUGUGGUUGAUGGUGGAGCUGUAAAUGAUUGGAGACUAAGAAAUGGUGUCAAUGAAAAACUUGGCUGGUUGACACCGAAGGCGGGAAGAGAUGUCCAUUGCCCUGUCUCAAGGAUUGUGGGUUUUGAGUCGGGCGGUGUGAAUUUGUCAGCUCAUGGGGCUGAAAGAAGUGAUUCUGAUGAACUGAACUCCUUCUCAACUAUUGAUAAAUUUGGUAAGUUAGACGAUGUAAAUGGAUUGCAGGCCAGGAAGCGCAUGUUGUCCCCUCUUAAUGGUAUAUUGCAAUCAAACAGGUUGGGUAGUGAUCUUUUCGAUAUUGAUACACCGAACAGACAGGAAACUUUUUAUAGAGCUGCAAGUGUUCAAUCACAUGGGGAUUGUAGGGCGAGUAUGUCACAGGAUAGUAAGCAAGCUAAUGUGGGUGAUGGGAACCAUUUAAGUGACUCCUCCCCAUGGGCUAUAGCUAGGUGCUACAGAUUUGAUUCCGUUAUUAGUAACAGUAAAUUGGAUCCUCUAGUUUUUACCGAUGGUCCAUUACUCAACGAGGAAGAGCGGAGUACUUAUAAUCGUUUCUGUGAAAUUCCUGGUACUAUUCCCUACAAAGAAGCAGGUGGAAUGAGGGUUCUGGUGAGGGCAAUAGCUACUUCUCCUAGCAAAGUGUCGCUUCCUCUAUCCAUGUCUCCUCUUCGUCCAAAAAGUUACGAUAGAAAGCUCGAUGAUAGGAUUCAAGGCAGGUUAGUUGAUGCUGAAGGGGGGUUCAAUGUCACAAGCAAGUCUUUUGAGGAAUGCAGGAUUUUGCAGAAAGACUCGGACCCGUGCACUCCAGACUGUAACUUUCUUGAUGCUCAUUAUUGGAGUACCAAUGACAAUCACCUGCCUCAGGCGGCAAAGUUAGUUCGUAACCUUAGUGGACUCCCGGUUCGAAGGUCUUUGGUUGGUUCAUUUGAAGAGUCUCUGUUAUCAGGCAGAUUUUCAUCCAGCAAGACUAGCCAGAAGAUAGAUGGAUUCUUAGCUGUUCUUAGUGUAACUGGGGGGAGCUUUUCUCCACCUUCCCAGAAACUUCCCUUCUCUGUAACCAGUGUAGAUGGGGAUAGCUGCUUACUAUAUUAUGCAUCUAUUGAUCUUGCGAGCAAUGGAAACAAGUGCAAAGGGCCACAAAUGAGAAGAAGCUUAAGCACCAUGGAUUAUUUGUCUUCCAAAAGUCGCACACGGAUCCCAAUGAAAGGACGAAUACAACUGGUCCUCAGUAAUCCGGAGAAGACACCGGUCCACACCUUUUUCUGCAAUUAUGAUUUAAGUGACAUGCCUGCAGGUACCAAGACCUUCAUGCGCCAAAAGGUCACCUUAGCAUCAUCAAUGAGCCUGGUUAGGGAAGGAGAUCACAGUGUUGCACAAAAAAAUGUUCCUGCGGCUCCUCCGGAAUCAGAAAGAAGCCACAAUGUACAGCUUCCUACCAAACAUGCUGGCUCUAAUUGUCACUGUAUGUAUAAAAUGGAGUCUGGGAGGCGCCAUUCUGAAAAUUUGAAUAAAGCAGCAUCUGACUACAUAAAUUGUAUAUAUUCAGACGCACAACAGGUUGAUGUACUCAACACUGAAAGGACAGAUUCAUUGAUCUUUUCACCUGGAGCCUAUUCUAAUACCCCCAACAGCGCUGACAUCAAUAUGAAAUUGGAGGAUGUGAACAACCUUUGCAACAGUCGAUAUGAGAAGAUUCACAAUGAGGAGUUCAGCGGCUUCAGCCCCAUGGAUAUAUGUGAGGGACCUGAAAAGAAACAUGUAGAUACUUCCCCAAAAUUGAAUAUAGGUGCUGCCAUUUCUGGUGUUUUAAGAUAUGCUCUGCAUCUUCGUUUCUUAUGCCCCCCAAAGAAAUCCGGCAGGUCCAUGCAGAGGUGCAAGUCAGAUCCAUUCUCUGUUCCUCAGGGAAGCAAUUUGCAUGGUGACGCUGAACGGCGCUUCUACUUGUAUGGUGAUUUAAGGGUUGUUUUCCCUCAACGUCAUGCAGAUUCAGAUGAAGGAAAGUUACAUGUGGAGCAUCAUUGCCCGGCAGAUCCAAAAUAUUUUGAUAUCGGCUUCUGACAUCAAUAGCCUGGUGUCUUAAGCUAAUUUGUACAUAACAGAACGUGAGCCCAUUCAUCUGGGCACAUCACCAUAAACUGUACAGAACUACUUUUCCAAUAAUAAUCUUUAGUUUAUGUCAA